AUCUGCCCCACCAUUGCGGAUCGAAAGAAAGUAAUUAACUUUGUACAGAAGUAUAUGUAGCCAGAUAACAUGAAUAAAUUGAAACAGCUGGAGCAAUAUUGCAAUUAAAAAUGAAAAGUUAGCAGAAAUGAAGAACGUCCUUUAGUCAAAUUAACAAUACUAUCAAUUAAAAAUCGUGCAAAGAAAAAUAUACCACGUCAGCAUAAAUGCAAAUUAGUGAAAUGAGUGUUAAUUGUCAACUGUUAAGUGACUCGUUGCUACAAUUGUUUAUUGACUAUGCCUGGAACGAAAAACUUUACGGCGAACGUUCCGAUAACGAAGCCAAAAAAUUUCGAGACUGGGUGUCAUCCGAAAAUGUAGAUUUAAACAAUGAGAAUUGGCCUUUCUUAUUAAAACCAGUAUACGAUCCUGAAUGUUUUCACUCCCAAGUUUGGCUUGUAGACACUAUUCAGGAUGUCUUUUACAAGGUAGUUUGCCAAUUAGAAAAUGUCUUACCCAUCUUAUUCGACUGUAAUGGAAACAUUAAUUUUAUCGACAAAAAUGGCAGAACUAUACUUCAUAUUUUUAUUGCUGGUACUAAAAAUAAAGCGAGACAAUCACAACGUAAAAUCGACAAAAACCUAAUUCUCAUUAAAUCAUUAAUAGAAAAUGGUGCUUCUGUAAAUAUCGUCGACCAGCACGGAAAUACUCCUUUCUCCUUAGCAGCACUGUACGGACAGAAAGAAUACUUACAAAUAAUGUUAACAAAUUUUACAAAUACCGACACCUGUAAUGAACAUGGAAAUACUGCAUUACACAUAAUCGUGGAUCAAAGUCUGACGAUCGAAGGUAAAUACGAGAAGGAAUAUCCAGAAAUUGUUAGAUCUCUUGUUCUCAAGGGUGCUGACUUAACGAAAAAGAAUAAUAAACGAUUAACACCGGUACAACUGGCUGCCAGUAAAUAUAAUAUCGAAGUUUUGAAAAUUUUUAAGACUAACGGAGCAGAUUUUAGCAUACUUACAGAUGAUGGUGAAAACUUGAUAUUCCUCGCUUGUAAAGAUAUGUGGUGUGUUAAAGACGAAAUGAGAAUACAAAAGACUAUUGAUUUUUUAGUUAACGAAGGUUGUGAUAUUAAUAAAUCAGACAAUAAGGGUUAUUUUCCUUUACAUUAUGCAUCUUUAUGGGACAGAGCAGUCAAAUGUUUGAUUAUAUAUGGUGCAAAAAUUGAUUGUCGAACAAAAAUUCAUCAACAGACACCUUUACAUUGGGCUGUGAAAGGAUAUCACUUCAAUUUAGAUACAAUUAAAAUUCUGGUACAGGCUGGUGCAAACGUCAAUGCUAAAGCUGCGGACGGUGCAACUCCAUUACUGAUGGCUGCGAUGACGAGUAGCCCCGAAAUUGUUCGUUUUCUCAUUGAGCAAGGAGCUAAUGUGAAUGAUAAAGAUGACAUUUUUGGAUUCACGCCGCUUCAUCUAGCUGCGAUUGAAAAAGAAAGUUUUGUAUUGUUAAUAGAUAAAAGCAAUGAUAUAGAUGUAUCAAGUAAUCAUGGUGUGACACCUUUCCAUUUGGCUUCUCUAACAAGUAAUUUGGACGUUAUGGAAUUGUUAAUUACUCGUAGCGCUAAAAUUGACUGUCUCGACAAUUUGAAUCGAACGUUAUUGCAUAUGGUACUAUUGGGAAAUUUUUUCUUAAAUCUUGAGAAGCUUUUGGACAGAUUUAUAGACGAACAGUUGAAAAAAGUAAGUUUUAUUGAUGAGAUGUGGUCGUCAUGGUGGUGCAGAUACAAUAGUCAUUGCCAAACAAGUGCUAUUGAAUUAAUAGUUAAUACUAAGAAAUCCGAUGUAAAUGCUAAAGAUAUAAAUGGUAGAAGGCCGCUUCAUCUGGCAACACGAGAUCCUCUUGGAAGCUCAAUUGAAACGCUGCUAAAAUUGGGAGCUCAGAUUGAUGUCUUCGAUCAGAAUCGUAGAUUACCUUUUCACGAAGUACUCGAAAAUGAAAAUAUCGAAGGUUUGAAGUGUUUGUUGAAUUUCGGUGUGGAUUUCAAUGAGAAUAAUAUAAAUCAUCUGAUAAUUCGUAGUAAAAAAGAUAUAAAGGACGUGUUUUUUGAUCAUUUAGUAAAAAUAGAUAUGGCUGGCUUGCCAAUUGCUAAUGUUUACAAAUUUAAUGUCACUGUAGCAAAGUACGAAACGGAAUUAUAUUGCGAUUAUAUGAAUGAAAUUCAAAAAAUGAAGGAACGCGUAAUGGACGACAGCAGUAUGUCAUUGUACGAAUUUUUAAGAACAAGCUGGAGACGUAGAAUUGUCUUGAUGCCGUGUAAGUUUUAUGACGCAUGCAGUGAAUUCGAGUUUUAUAAAAAAAUCAUUCAUUCAAGUUAUCGCAAAGCAAUCGAAAGACAACAACUUUUUGGACCAGCUCUUAAAGCUUGGUAUGAAAUAACCCGCUAUAAUUUACCUAACGUUUGCGUGGAAUUUAUUUUGGAAUUUAUGACUAACGGUCAGUUGACUGAGCUGAUAGAAUCUGCAGGUCUCAAUUACGUUGACACGUAA